AUGCCACCUAGUCCCCAAUAUCCGUUCCUAAGAAGUGAGGAUAAAUCUUCGAGCACUUCUCACAUUGAGCUUGGAGAAGUGCCUGCUAAAGAGGUGUAUGAGGAUCCAUCAAAUAAAAAACUGGACCUCGAGGAAGAUGCAGGCGGUAAGGUGUCCGAAUUUCUGGACACGAAUUUGAACUUGGGCCAAGAGAUUAGAGCCCUGGACGACUUGGGCAAUUCCCACAAGCGUGAACGUUCGUUUUGGGGAAAACUGGCGGCUUUGGAGUUUGAAGUUCAUUUUGAAAACAAAAACCACAUGGUGAUAAUGCUGGGUGCUUUUGCAGCAUUUGCUGGUAUUCUCUCUGGUAUCGAUCAGUCCAUCAUUUCUGGUGCCUCUAUUGGCAUGAACAAGAUGCUGCAUUUGUCAACUCACCAAGCUUCAUUAGUGUCUUCGCUGAUGCCUUUGGGUGCCGUCGCCGGAUCUAUUCUCCUGACUCCACUGAGCGAGUAUUUUGGUCGUAAGAAGGCUUUGGUUAUAUCGUGUGUGUUUUACACCAUUGGGGCUAUCAUUUGUGCUGCUGCAACGAAUCAUCACGAAAUGUACGCGGGCAGAUUCCUGGUUGGAGUUGGAGUUGGUAUUGAAGGUGGUGGUAUUGGUGUCUACAUCUCCGAGUCUGUUCCAUCGUCUGUGAGAGGUAGCCUGGUUUCUUUGUAUCAGUUUAAUAUUGCAUUGGGAGAACUGUUCGGCUACAUAAUCGGUGUGAUCUUUUUCGACGUGAAGGGUGGUUGGAGAUACAUGGUGGGCUCCUCUCUGGUCUUUUCUACAAUUUUGUUUGUUGGUCUUUUGUUUCUACCGGAAUCUCCCCGUUGGUUGAUGCACAAGGACCGUGUCGGUGAGUCCUGGAAUGUCUGGAAGAGAUUGAGAGACGUGAACGUUGAGGCCAAUAAAGUUGAAUUUUUAGAGUUGAGACAGGCGGCCGACCAAGACAGACAGCUGCGUAGCAGCGAAACCCAUUUCCAAUCGUUGUUCAACCUGGUAUGCGUUCCUCGUAACCGUCGUGCUCUGGUUCAUUCGAGUAUCAUGAUUGCUUUGGGUCAGUUGACGGGUAUCAAUGCCAUCAUGUAUUACAUGUCGACACUAAUGCGUCAGAUAGGUUUCUCUGAGAAGAGAGCGGUAGCAAUGUCUAUGGUGGGCGGUGCUGCUCUGCUGAUUGGUACGAUUCCUGCCAUCUUGUGGAUGGAUAAAUUCGGAAGACGUACAUGGUCAAUGACAAUUGUCUUGUUUUCGAUCGGUUUGGUGUUGGUGGGUGUCGGAUAUCUGUAUCAGGAUUCAAACUUGAUCGCAGCAGAGGGUGUAUAUCUGACGGGUCAGAUUAUUUACAACAUGGCAUUCGGUUCCUAUGCGGCAUUGACAUGGGUGCUGCCUUCCGAGUCUUUUUCGUUGGGUACUAGGUCUGUGGGUAUGACUGUUUGUUCAGCUCUGCUGUAUCUGUUCGCCUUUACUGUGACAUACAAUUUCGAAAGAAUGCAAAGUGCGUUCACGUACACAGGUUUGACUUUGGGCUUUUACGGUGGCAUUGCGAUCGCCAUUGGUAUUCCAUACCAGUUGUUGUUCAUGCCAGAAACAAAGAACAGAACGCUGGAAGAGAUUGAUGAUAUUUUCGAGAAGCCUGUCAGGCAAAUAGUCAGAGAGAACAUUGCUUACCUAAGAAAGGGUAAGCUAACUUAUUAG